UGUUGUGCUGUUUCGGCAAGCAUGCAUCCCAUCCUCGAUUUGAAGGAGAGGCAACGAAGCUAUUUGUAGUCCUAAAGAAAGGGGAAACGCGAAGGAAACGUUUAUAAAGACACUUCAGAAUAUCUGCAUACAUCGUAAAAUUGGAAGAAAAAAAUGUCGCUGAUGAAUAAACCAAAGUCAGAAAUGACUCCAGAGGAGUUAGCUAAAAGGGAAGAAGAAGAAUUUAAUACUGGUCCAUUGUCAGUGCUUAUGCAGUCAGUAAAGAAUAACACACAGGUUCUGAUAAAUUGUCGAAACAACAGAAAACUUCUUGGAAGAGUGAAGGCUUUUGACAGACACUGUAACAUGGUUUUGGAGAAUGUCAAAGAACUGUGGACUGAAGUUCCAAAGUCAAGUAGAACAAAGAAGGCCAAGCCAAUCAACAAAGAUAGAUACAUCGCUAAAAUGUUCUUGCGAGGAGACUCAGUCAUUCUUGUUCUGAGAAACCCUUUGGCCUCUGCAAAAUAAAGAGCAACUGUUGAUUGAAAGAAGAUAUACUUUAAGAAGGCCAAAUCAGUUUGCAGUUAGCUAACAAUUUAAAACCUCUAGGUGCCAAACAAGAAGUAACAUCAAUGCAAAUUAACCUUACCUUUUGUAAAUAUAUUGUGUUUUAUAAUAACACAUGUUGCGCUUCUAUGCCUGACAAGUCAAUGAACCAUUAGCUCUUAUGAAUUAAAUGGCUCUAA